AUGGAAAGCAAUAGAUUUAAUGACACCUCUAAUGUGGAAGAUGUUAUUAUUAACACAGCAAAUCUUACAACCUCCCAAAUCAAUGCUUUGGAUCAACUGCUGCAAUUCCAAUGUGAAAGAUUGGAACGUAAACUAGUAACUCUGAGGAAUAAACGCAAAAGUCUAAUUGAUGGAGAGAUCGUACAUGUAAGCUUGAAUGAGCUAGUAUCACGUGAGCUCAUCGAGGCAGCUGAAAAAUUGGCGUCUAAAAAUCCCUUUAUAGAUCAGGAUGAAAUUACACGUAUAAUAAAUAAUAUCAACUCUCGCGGGGAUGGAAAACAUGUAAAAUUUACUAAUCAUUUUGGUUACGAUGAUGAAUGUUUGGUUGAUUAUGCUGAACGUCACGAAUUGUCUGACUUUUUUACCGAAAGAGGUAGUAAGAAGUUCACGGCGACUUCAAACAGUAGCUCCUAUUUGGAAUUAUCCGGGGAAGUUCAACUUAUUUUGCACGCCCAAGGAAAUUGUAAACCUUGUGCCUUCUUCUAUAAUAAGAAAAAGGGCUGUAGAAACGGCCCUAAUUGUGGGUUUUGUCAUCAUGAAGAUCAUGCUUUGUGUUCGCUGAAACAGUGGAAGCGACAACAAAAGAUGGUUGCGGUAUGUUUUAUCAUGUCCUUGUUAUACUCGUGUCAUAACGACAACUAA